UUUUUAUUCCAUGAUUUUUCUGUCAGCUCCGUGUUCUGCGCAUGCGUGUUUAGGCAGCUCCGGUGGAAGAGGAAGCAAAGAUGACUGUUCAUAAUCUGUACAUUUUCGACCGAAAUGGAAACUGCCUUUUUUAUAACGAGUGGAACAGGAAAAAACAGGCGGGCAUCUCCAAAGAAGAGGAGUUUAAACUCAUGUACGGGAUGCUGUUCUCCAUCAGGUCCUUCGUCAGUAAAAUGUCGCCCCUGGACAUGAAGGACGGGUUUCUUUCGUUCCAGACCAGUAAAUACAAACUUCAUUUCUACGAGACGUCGAGUGGACUCAAGUUUGUCCUGAACACAGAUCUGUCUGUGUCCAACGCCCGAGACACGCUGCAGCAGAUCUACAGCAACCUGUACGUGGAACACAUCGUGAAGAACCCUCUCUGUGCUGUGGGACAAACUCUGGACUCUGAACUCUUCUGUUCCAAACUGGACACGUUCAUCAAAGCUCUGCCCUACUACAGCCCCCGAGCCGCCUAGUGCCCCUCUGACCCCUGACCCCCAUCUGACCCCUCUGACCCC